AUGAUUGGUAGUAUAGAUUGUAUGCACUGGAAGUGGAAGAACUGUCAAUUUGCUUGGCAGGGGCAUCACAAGGGGCAUGUGAAAGGUGCCACUGUUAUACUUGAAGCUGUAGCUUCACAAGAUCUCUGGAUAUGGCAUUCUUUCUUCAGCAUGACUAGUUCUCAGAAUGAUAUUAGUGUUCUUCAGCGGUCUCCGGUGUUUGCAAGGCUUGCCGAAGGGCACUCCCCGGAGGUCAACUUUGAGGUCAAUGGCCACCAUUACAACAAGGGAUAUUACCUAGCUGAUGGCAUCUAUCCUCAGUGGUCCACUCUUGUGAAGACCAUACACAAUCCGCAAGGAGAGAAGAGACAGAGGUUUGCCCAAAUGCAAGAGAGUGCUAGGAAGGAUGUGAAGCGUGCUUUCGGUGUGCUCGGGUCUUGGUGGGGUAUCAUUCGUAACACUGCAUUGACAUGGAACACGAAGAAGCUUUGGAAGGUGAUGACUUCUUGUGUGAUCAUGCACAAAAUGACCGUGGAGGAUGAGCGCGACGAUACCAUCUACGGCCAAGGGAAUGUUGAGCCUGAGCAUGCACCUCCUGCAACCUUUGAACAAUUUGUCAAGUUUUAUCGGGAAUUGCGUGAUUGGCAUACUCAUGUCCAGCUCCAGGAUGACUUGGUUGAGCACGUGUGGACUCACAUUGGCAACCAGUACAUCUAUCAGUUUACUUUCUUGUCAUGCGAACAAAUUUCGAUUGGGUUGUAA